CCGGAUAUCGGCAUUCACCGCGUUUCCUAUCUUCUCGAGAGGAACGGUCAGGCACGAUCGCCAGGUGCAUCGCCGAUUCGUCGCUCCCACCAUUAGCUCGACUCGGCUCGACUCGGCUCGGCGUUUAUCCCUCUCGAAGUAGCCCGUUCCUUCCUCUUCUCCUUUUUCGCCGUAUUUUUCCUCCAUGCGUGGUCAGAACGCUACGCGAUAACUCAACGUGCGGAGGGAAAGUUCUUCACAGUCUCUCUCGCUCGCUCUCUCUCUCUCUCUCUCUUUCUCGAUGGUGCACCGGACCAGUUGCGGUGAACAAGAUCGUGAGAUUCGGUUGCAGAGUGCCGGCUGCAAGGUGAACAAGUCGCGGCCGUACUGUAUCGUGUAAAACGUCCUGUGCGAUUCUGUGAUUCUGCAUUGAGAGUGGCCGUCCCCGACACAAUAUUGUGAGAAGUGCUCUCGAAUUAAGAUACCUCUCGUCGGUGCGUCGGCGUCAUCCGCGUCGCGGUUGCCACCGCGUUGUCAUUAUCGCAGUUUAUGCGUAUGUCCAAGGACUAGCUGGACCAACGAUUGUUGAGAGACGCUCGUGCCGCGGACGAUAUGCGUAUCUCUGUACGUGCGAUAAACGCAGCUUUGACAGCGGUGUCAAAACUGGCGCGUGUGACGAACGACCACCAGUUGAACAAAGUGUCUUGCAGCACGAGCUCUUUCGCGAAAAAGAAAUAAAGACGAGAGAAGAGGAGAGACUUAACGGCAUUCCAGUCGUAUUCGCGAAUCGCUUGAAAAGACCGUGCGUGUAGUGUGAACGAGAAAUUGGUUCUUCGCAUUCGUGUUUAACGGGAAUCUGAGCGCAGGAAGCGUUCCGGUUUCACCGCGAUUUACAACGCGCGCGAUCUACUCGGAGAAAGGCUCGGUUGACGGUGAUUAGAGACGAAAAUUCCAUUCGGAUUUGUUUGCAGCUCUCGGGACCGCGCUAAAUUCCAGAGGCGGCAGAACGAGCAGCUGGAGUGCGCGGUGUGGGCAAGGUGGAGUGCCGCGUUCGCGGCGCGUCGGUUGAGGGGAGAUUUCAACGCGCGUUUAACACGCGUCCGGAUUCGCCGAAUAUCGAUUCGCGCAUCUGGAAAUGCCUGCGUUGAAGCUCUUCGGCCGAAAAUGGUUGGCCGCAACCGACGACCUUGUAUAUCCUGGCCUGUUCGAAUUAUUUAUUCGUAUCGUGUGGUUGAUUCUUAUAGGGAUCGCUUGCGCAAGGUACUACGAGGACACGUGGAAUUGUCGGUUGGGAGGUGAAUUAGUGCGCGUGUACCUCCUCGGCGAGGCGGUCAUGCUUGGUAUCGUUACGCUUUUGAUUCUCAUCAUUAUCAGGCACAGCGCGAGGGGGGCCAUUAUGGACACGCAUGCUCGAUGCUACGUUCAACCGCUCCUGACGGUCAAGAUAUUGAUGCUGCUGCCGGAAAUCGGAUGGAACAUCCUUGGUACCAUAUGGAUUUUCGGACAGAGCGUGGAAUGCAAACACGAAUCGUAUUCUGUUACCGUUGUGGAGGCCUUGGUAUUUUUCGAUUGGAUCCUGAUCGGUCUUAGCAUUUUCGGUCUGGCUCUGGUGUUUGAUCCGCUCGGCUCUUUGGAAAAGAGGCAGCUAGAGAGCUCCGUGGAGCAUGGCAAAGUCUCGCGCAUUUGGAUAAGAAGAUUUAAGUUUCUGUGGUGGAUGCGUAAGGACGAGAGUGCGAAUGAGACAUUUCAACAUGUCGCUGGUCUUUUAACUGCAUUAUUCCGAGGCACGGAUUUGGUUCCCUCAGAUGUAAUGGCGGGAUGCAUUUUACUAAGAGUUCGACAGAAACGAGAAACUCACGAAUUGCGAAAGUUAAAUCUAAUCCCACGCCCAAAAUAUACUUCAGAUGGCAACGAUAUUUUUUCUGGCGUACCUAACUGGAUGUCCUUGGAAGCCGCCCAUCACUUCUUACAACUAGCGAUCGCUUCCUACGGUUGGCUUUUCGUAAUGUAUCAGCACGCAUGUACCGGAUGUUUUCGAUUGAUACGUGGCAUGAGAUGCUGCGCAUGUUUCCGACGAAAGCGCAAUAUUAUUCUGGACGAUAACUGUUGCCUCUGUUAUCUUUCUGGCGUGAAAUACUUCUCGAAGAUGUCUGAGGAUGACAUUCUGUUCGCUUCUUUUAAAAAUCAUUUAUGCGAAAUACCAUUCUGCGUAAUGGUAGAUCACAAAACUGCCAGCAUUGUCGUGGCUAUACGAGGUUCAUUAUCCUUGCGAGAUAUAAUUACCGACUUCGCGGCUGCUUCCGAUUUAUUUGAAUGUCCUGGUAUUCCACCAGGAAGCAUGGCCCACAAAGGAAUGAUAACAGGGGUAAAAGUAAUUUUAAAACAACUGGAGAACCAUAAAGUCUUGGAAAGAGCAUUCGCCACAUACCCUAAUUAUCAUCUGACACUUACCGGUCAUAGUUUAGGAGCUGGUUUAGCUGUUCUACUGGGUUUAUUGAUACGUCCUCGUUAUCCGGAAUUGAGAGUCUACGCAUUUUCUACGCCUGCGGGAUUACUCAGCAGGGAAGCUGCUAAGGUCACGGAGGAAUUCGUAUUGACCAUAGGACUUGGAGAUGAUUUUAUAAUGAGACUCAGUGUGGACAGUACAGAGAAUUUAAGGACAUCAUUACUGGCAACUCUUCAUGCUUGUCGACUACCUAAGUAUAGAGUGGUCCUGAACGGAUUUGGAUACGCUUUAUUUGGAGUUCCCGAGAGAGACCUGACUAAAACAUGGGCCAAUCAUAAUAUAAUUAACACAAUUCCUGGUCAUUCGCCUUUGCUAAUCAAGCCCGCCGAUGUGGAAAAUAAUAAAUUAGAUCGCGAUAUAACAAAAAGAAGAUAUUCAAGAAUGAAACUGUUUAAUGCUGGUCGUAUACUACACAUAGCGAGAUGCAAGCUCGAAAAGACGGAAGGAAAAAGCAAAAAACAACUUGCAAAGGAAAGAAAAUACGAGAUGCGAUGGGCACAAGCUGAAGAAUUUACGAAAUUAACGGUGAUGCCACGCAUGCUGCUAGAUCACUUGCCGGAAAACAUAGAACGGGCUUUAUCCACGUUAUUAGAGCAACAGAACGAUAUACCGUAUUAUAUCGAUCCUUAGUGUAAUCCAAAGAAGUGAUUUUAUAUUAUAGUUUAAUAAAAACAAUUUUCGCAAAAUCUUAAA